UUUGAUAAAUUGACAAAAUUUAUUUGAAAUAUAAACGGUGUUGGUUUAAUUAAUUAAAAUCUUAUAAAAUAUAAAUUACUUGAACAUGGAUAAAAACAAUAUUUGGAAGUUUUUUGACGAUAGUUGUGUAGCGGGAUACACGUUAAUAGUUCCGAGCGUUGCCGUGGGAAAUGUGGGGCAGCUUACUUGUGACUUGCUAAUUUCAUCGCUGAAAAUGGUUAAAACUGCGUCGAUUUAUAGCCCGGCACAGAUUCCUGUUAUAGGAUACGAUCCGUACGAUCUUAAGUCCAGUAGUCUUUCGACGGCUUGCGAAGUUUACAAGUGUGAUUCUCGAAAAAUAUUGGUUCUACAGUUAAGAGCCCCUCUUGUUCAUAAAUAUGCGAAUGGUUUCCUGAAAAACUUAGUUAGCACAUUUAAAGAGAAGCAAAUUAAGGAUGUUAUUAUAUUAACUAGUAGCUUUGCUCACGAGAAGAAGCAUAUUUUGAGCUCACCUUUUAGAUUUGUUGCAAGCGAAGGAAACCCCCAUGCUGAGAAUUUAAGGAAAGCGAAACUAGUAGCACAUGAGGAAAAUACUGGUGAAGUAAAGGUAUUUGGAGGAGGUUUUGCAAGUCUUCUAUACAAGAUAUGUUUAGAUGAAAUUGUGCCUAGUAUGAUUUUAUAUAAAUAUUGUUCAGAGGGUGACAAUAUACCCGAUGCUUAUGACAUGGUUCACAAUUUGGCAAAUUUGAUUCAAAUAUUUUCAGAAGAUAAAGACUUACUUUCGCAGUUAAAACAGCCUGUUUCCUGGACAUUGCUCUUUGGCCGACCACCACCUCAAGAUAUUUAUUAACAUUUUUUUCUUAAACUUUUUGAUAACUUUAUAAAAAUAUAAAUUUGUUGGU